GUCCUCUUCCCUGUCCACCAAAAUGGAUUCCUCAGCUUUGUGAGGGUCCUGUCUAUAAAUACCUCUGACUUACAGAGUGACUGACAGCCAAGGACAGCUGCAGCCACCAGCCAACCAACCCGUGGAGACCAUUCACAGCAAUCUGAGCAGCCCCGUGAACGCUGACAGUCCUGCUCUGUUGUGGGGAGUAAGUAGGGUGUCCACGAAACCCAACCGGGACAAGGAGACCGAACAAAAUGGCUGCCAUGACCAUAGAUCCGGUGGAGCAGCCUCGGAUGUACCAACAGACUUUGCUUCAGGACGGACUGUGUGACCUCUUAGAGAAUGACAAGUUUGUGGACUGCAUCCUCAAAAUUCAGGACAAGGAGUUCCCAUGCCACCGCUUGGUUUUGGCAGCCAGUAGCCCUUUCUUCAAGGCCAUGUUCCUGUCUGACCUGGAGGAAAGCAAGAAACGUGAGAUUGUCCUCAAAGAUGUGGAGCCAGGUGUUAUGGGGAUGAUCCUGCGCUACUUAUACACCUCUGACAUUAACCUGACAGAACAGAAUGUCCAGGAUAUCUUCAUGGUUGCUAACAUGUACCAGAUCCCCUCCAUCUUCUCUGUAUGUGUGUCCUACCUCCAAGAGAAGCUGGUGCUGGGAAACUGCUUGGCUAUUUUCAGGCUAGGACUGCUGCUGGAUUGUCCCAGGCUUGCUCUCACUGCCAGGGAGUUCAUCUGUGAACGCUACCAGGUUGUUGUCAGGGACCAGGACUUCCUGCAGCUGGGCCCGAGCGAGCUGGCCAUCAUCAUCACCUCAGAUGGUCUCAACGUUGAGAGGGAGGAACUGGUGUUUGAAUCCCUGAUGGACUGGGUCAGACAUGAUGAGACACAACGCGUUAAGGACCUGCCAGAGCUGUUGCAUUGCGUCCGUUUCAGGCUCAUACCUUUGGAUUAUUUCAAAGAGAAAGUAGAGCGUCACCAGUUCCUCCGCUUCAGUCAGGAUAUCAAGAAGGACCUGGAACUCGUCAAGGAUGCUUACAAGGGGCGUCUCCCAAAGCCUAGGAAGCCCAGUAAGGACGAGGCAAAGGGCGGGGAAGGAAGUGAGGAGGAGGACGACGAUGAUGAAGAGGAAGGGUACCUGCCGGGUAUACUCAACAACAACCCUCGUUUUGGGAUGUUUGAGAUGGACCUGAUGCUUAUGAUCAGCGACACAGGGACUGUGGCCUAUGACCCGGUAGGAAAUGAAUGCUUUGUGGUCUCAGAGUCUACAGAAAUUCCCAAAAACCACUGCAGCCUGGUGACCAAUCAGAACCAAGUGUUUGUCAUUGGAGGACUUAUCUACAACGAGGAGGACAAAGAUGAACCAUUCAGCUCUUACUUCCUACAGUUUGACCCAGUAAGUUCAGAAUGGUUAGGGAUGCCUUCACAAUCCAACCCUCGCUGUCUGUUUGGCCUGACCGAAGCUGAAAACUCCAUCUUUGUUGUUGGAGGAAAGGAACUGAAGGAAGGUGAACACGCCCUGGACUCAGUCAUGAUCUAUGACAGACAGUCAUUCAAAUGGGGAGAGUCUGACCCUCUGCCAUAUGAAGUGUAUGGCCAUGGAACCGUAUCACACAAAGGUCUUGUGUAUGUCAUUGGAGGAAAGUCUGAAAGCAAGAAAUGCAUGAGAAGAGUCUCUGUCUACAACCCCACUAAGUUUGAGUGGAAGGACCUGGCUCCUCUGAAGACAGCCCGCUCCCUGUUUGGUAUCACAGUCCACAAAGACCAGAUCUACGCUGUGACGGGGGUCACAGACGCAGGCCUCACCAGCUCUGUGGAGGUCUACGAUAUUGCCACCAACAAGUGGUCUGAAUUCACAGAGUUCCCUCAGGAGCGCAGCUCUCUCAAUCUGGUCUCGAUGGGAGACUUCUUAUAUGCUUUGGGGGGCUUUGCCAUGAUGCCCAGUGAAACCAGUGAGGAGCCCGUCCCAACAGAGAUGACUGACAUCUGGAGAUAUGAUGAGUCAGAGAAGUGCUGGAAUGGGAUUUUGCGGGAGAUAAGCUAUGCGGAGGGAGCCACUAUUCUUCCAGUGCGUCUCAACACUCUGCGUCUCACCAAGUUAUAACUGACAUGAACUGUUGGUGCUAUGAGCUUAAUGAUGUAACAUUAGCAUUGAUGUAAAUGAGUGCACUCAUUAUGGACACAGGCCCAAAAUUAGCUUAGGGUACGGGAUGUUUCAAGGGUAACAACUGACUUUGGUCUCUGAAGAUGAUAACGGGUUAAGAAAAUAAGCAACAAAUUGUUUUAUCUCAUGUUACCAGCAGGGGGAGACACAUGCAUGUCUAAGGAAAGGUGAACAACAUGAGUCAAAUGUAUUUUAUAAAAAGCUAAAAUGUUGAUUUGUACAUCUGUUUUUUGUUAUAUUAUUUCAUGAAUUUUCUUUAUUACCAGUUUGCUUUAUUUAAAGCACAAAUAAAGAUAAGGGUGGAUUGAA